AUGAAGGAGACCAAACGAGCUGUCUUCGUCCAGAGCAACUCCAACGAGCAAAUCACGACCGCGGCUGAGCUACCGAAUAGGAAUGGUAAUGGGAAUGAUACUGUGACGAAGCCGAAAGUAGAUGACGACAAGCCGAAAGGGGAUGACAAUGAGAGUGAUACUAAGAAGGACGAGCCGAAAGGGGAUGAUGACGGGCAGAAAGGGCAGGACGACGAGCCGGUUGAGGAAGUCGCGCCGAUUGAUGAUGAGGAAGGACCGAAGGAGGAUGACGGAAAGCUGAAAGUGGAUGACGACAAGCCGAAAGGGGUUGACAAUGAGAGUGAUACUAAGAAGGACAAGCCGAAAGGGGUUGACAAUGAGAGUGAUACUAAGAAGGACGAGCCGAAAGGGGAUGACGACCCGAAAUGGGGAGGACGACGAGUCGGGGAUGACGACGAGCCGAAAGGGGAGGAAGACGAGCCGGUUGAUGACGUCGCUCCGAUUGAUGAUGAGGAAGAGCCGAAAGAGGAUGAUGGAAAGCCGAAAGGGGAUGAGAAUGAGAAUGAUACUAAGAAGGAUGAGCCGAAAGGGGAUGACGACGGGGCGAAAGGGGAGGACGACGAGCCGAAUGAGGACGUCACGCUGAUUGAUGAUGAGGAAGAGCCGAAAGAGGAUGACGGAAAGCCGAAAGGGGAUGACGACAAGCCGAAAGGGGAUAACUAUGAGUGA